AUGGAUGCCGAGGACCACGAUAUGCCCAAAAGGAACGGCAAACGAAAUCGUGAAGGCGAUGAGGACCAGCACAAGGAUGAUGGACUGCAAUGGAUGCGGGGCCGCUCAGGUAGCCCGCUUUACAGGCGUCCGUGGGUUAACAUCCCUUUAUCCAAACCUCUAGGUAGAACACUUGGCUUCUCUCUCUUGACAUACAAUCUGCUUUCUCCAACUCAUGCUGCAAACCAUUCAUACUUGUACUCGACACCCACUUACAAAUACGGCCCAGAGGUCCUCGAUUGGAGAUCCAGAGCUCCAAAGAUAUUCGCCGAACUGCAAUACUAUGACGCCGAUAUCGUCUGUUUGCAAGAAGUUGAUGCUCAAUACUGGCAUACACUCUUUGAACCAAAAAUGAGACAAAUGGGCUACCACGGUAUUUACAAGAAAAGAACCGGAGGCAAGCCUGACGGCGCUGCUCUAUUCUACAAGACUCACAAAUUUGCCAUUCUGGCAUCAAAGGCUAUUGAGUACGUAGAUCAAGCUGAUGGAACUGACAGAGACAAUGUUGGCUUGGUAGGCCUCCUUCAAGCCAGAGAUGUGGAUGGGCCUUGUGUUUGCAUUGCUACCACGCACUUGUUGUUUAAUCCAAGACGUGGUAUGAUCAAACUGGCUCAGAUACAAUGUCUGGCUGAAGCUGCUGCUGAACUCGCAAACAUUGGUGAACAACUGGGUAUGAAGAUUCCGAUAGUGAUUACUGGUGACAUGAACUUUACUCCCGGAAGUCUCAUUUAUGAAUAUUUGGUCAGAGGGUCGGCUCAUGUAUCAUGGCGAGUUGAUGAGUACUUGUCUGGUCAACAGAGGGCUCAGCCCAACUCACGAGAAUGGAAUGAAGGCUUUGAUUCCAUGUUCUCGUCACAGUCACCUGCCACCCAUCAACUGCCACUCCGACUCAAAUCUGCUCUACGCCCGCAUCAUCACGUAGAAACACGUUAUCAGUAUGUGUCUACGUGCCAUGAUCUCGACAAUCAACUGGUGGACUUUAUCUUUUAUGGAUCAAGGAGAAGAUCGUCACAGGAAGAUGAAGAAGAAAUUCAAGAGGAACUAAUAGAUGUUUCCCUACAGUGUACAGGCUAUCUGGAACCUCCGACUAUAAAAGACCAUCUGCGACUUCCGAAUCAAGAACUACCUAGUGAUCAUGUGCUGUUGCUCGUCGGUUUUGAGUUCGAUGGAUUGAACCCAGCUUCAAACUGA